GUAUCCCAGGCAGCGACUACAUCAAUGCCAACUACAUAGAUGGCUACUGUCGUCAAAACGCCUACAUUGCGACGCAGGGCUCUCUCCCCGAGACCUUCUGUGACUUCUGGAGACUGGUUUGGGAACAGCACACGGCCAACAUCGUCAUGAUGACCAAGCUAGAGGAGAAGUCUCGGGUAAAAUGUGAUCAGUACUGGCCUACCAGAGGAACAGAGACAUAUGGGCUGAUACAGGUUACUCUGCUGGACACCGUAGAGCUGGCUACAUACUCUGUUAGGACCUUCGCUCUCUACAAGAGUGGCUCCAAUGAGAAGCGUGAGAUUCGUCAGUUCCAGUUUACAGCCUGGCCGGACCACGGGGUCCCCGAACACCCCACCCCCUUCCUGGCCUUCCUACGACGGGUCAAGGCCUGCAACCCUGCAGACGCAGGACCCAUGGUCGUACACUGCAGUGCUGGAGUGGGCCGGACUGGUUGUUUCAUCGUGAUUGACGCCAUGGUGGAGCGAAUCAAACACGAGAAGACAGUUGACAUCUACGGUCACGUGACCCUCAUGAGGUCCCAGCGGAACUACAUGGUGCAGACGGAGGAUCAGUACGCUUAUCCACGACGCGCUGCUGGAGGCCGCGCCUGCGGCAACACCGAGGUUCCGGCGCGGAACCUUCACGCCUACAUCCAGAGACUGACCCAGAUAGAACCGGCGGAGAACGCCACGGGCACGGAACUGGAGUUCAAG